CAAAUUGUGAGGGCUGAAAUUUUUAGUAACCGGUAUUUCCAAUCUGUUUAUAGUUUAAUAGUUAAAAUAAAUAUAUUUAUUCACUUAAUUGCAUUGAUAAACAUUGCUUUAAAUGUUUUUUCGCAAGAAAACUACAAAGUUCUGAGUGUGCCAAUGAUAAAAUAUAGGAUUUGUUGUGAUAAACAUAACCUCUCAGCCAGCUGUCACUUAACUUUAAAAUGUAAAAAUUGUCAUUUUAAAAUAUAAAACGUGCUAAUAAAGCUAAGCUAAAAUGCCGACGAUGAUAGCAUUGGAUGUCUCGCUUUCUAUGAGACGUCCAGUUCAUGGUAAUAAUAAUUCUACCGACAAUCUGCCAAGCGAACAAUUAACCAGACACCAUCUGGCUGUGCAGGGAAUCAACGUUUUAUUAAACUAUUUGCAAGCAAAUGCAAAACUGGAAUUUGUUUCCUUGGUAGUCUUCUCGUCUUUAUACGAAGUAAUCGUCCCAUUCACUCGAGAUUACGAUCAUAUUCGAUCUCUGGUCCAAAAUAUUGAAGAAUGUGACAAAACGUGUAUUGAAACAGCCCUUCAUGGAGUUAAUAAUAUUAUUAUGUCAGAAUGGGGAAAUUCUACAGCCUGUCAAGUAAUUUUAAUAACUGACGGAAACCCUGGAGUUGGACCAAUGUCGUUGGGAGAUUCUUUAAAUUCAUUAAAUAUCUCGAGGGAAUCAAAUCCGUUUCCUCUGCCUUUUCCUUUUCCGGGAAAACUGACUGUGGUGUGCAUUUCUGGCCCUCAAGAUCCCGGCUUAAGUAUGGGUCUUCCUCUCUACCAAAGACUGGUUGAAUUAGCCGGAGGCGAUAGCAUGGUUUUGGUACCAGAAGGACAAUUGACAAAAACGACCGUGAAUAAUUGUUUCAAAAAACUAGCAGAAACAACAUAUGUUCCAUUCCAAGGAUAUUUAAAAUGUGGAAAUGUAGGAUCUCGGAUUCUACUCUCCCCACCCCCGAUCCCCUACUCGAAGAAAAACGAUUUUGAGACUUUGACUGCUUUAACGAUAGCGAAAACAAUCGAGAUUUGUGGAUUUCUCAAUGUUGCUGAUGUUGGAAGUCCUAGUGCAAUAUCUCGCCACCUGGUUUUGCCUCUGCCGACGGAGAAGACGACAAGCAUGCAAGGAAUUUCACUCGAGGACGAAUCCGACAACGAAGAUCCAGGAGACGAUGGAAAAAUUCCAUCAUUCUGCGUUUUACUUCACGGAGCUUUAAAGGUGGAGGGCAUGACAGCGCUCUGUGCUUUAAACACAGAUUGGUACGGAUUUAUUUACUCCGGGUCGGACUCGAAGAAAAAAUCGAAUUUAAUGUUGACAGUACUCGAGCCGGGAACGGACAUAAUUCCCUGGUUGGGAAAUUUGACUAACCUGGGUUCAAUCGACCCCUUGAUUAAAACUGCUGAGCCGGCUUUUCCUGUCAAGCCAGCAGAAAAGAGAAGUUACGCCCUGAAUGCACCAUCCUGGAUACGACAAGUUGGAUUGCAGUCCGACAUUCAAAAGAUAUUGCGACAUGCUAGAAAGUUGCCUGAGAAGACGCAAAAUUUCUACAAGGAACUUAAUAGGUUACGACGUGCAGCCCUCUCGAUGGGUUUUGUGGAAUUGUUAGAAGGCUUAGCUCUGAUUUUCGAAAGAGAGUGCACUCUCUUGCCGCCUAAUUUGCAUCCAGACUGUACAAUUCAGAUGGGUCACGUAGCCGAAAUGUUAAGAAAGCCAUAUUCGCGAGAGUUGAAAAAUAAUAUUACGCCUGUUCGUACGAAAUUCCAACAUGGAGGGAAUGAAUAAUUGAAGCUAUUUUUCUUGCAAAUAGACAAAUGUACAAAUUUUGUAAUUUAGCCUUUAACUUAAAAAUGAAAAUUCAUUUUAUAAAUAUUAAUGUCAUGCAUAU